CCGCAACGCGCCUGCAGUGUCGUUGACAACUCAUUGUGCAUGCGAUUGACAACACAUCAGACAUUCUCAAUUUUUCUAAUUCAGCCUUGACAAUCGCUGCGACUUUUCGAGCCUUACGUUAAGCCACAAUCUCACCUACUAUAUCACCCAUUGGUACCGCGAAUUUAGCGAACGUCCAGUCAAUCAUGCCAUUCACCAAGGGUACUAAACGCGCUGCCCCACGCGACUCGCGCAGCGACUCCGAGGACGAGGUCAUCACCAAGUCCAACAAAAAGACCAAGACCGCAAAGAAUGGCGCAAGCACAGAUGGGGUCGAUAAGGAUGGCAACCCCUUCUGGGAUCUCUCCAACAAGCGCCGCAUAGGCCUCUCCCAAUUCAAGAACACCACCUUUGUCAACAUCCGCGAGUUCUACGAAAAGGACGGUGACAUGCUGCCGGGCAAGAAGGGCAUCUCCCUCACAGUACCCCAGUACGAGGCCCUUGUCAAGGCCAUGCCCGCUAUUAGCGAGAAGCUGCGCGCCAUGGGCCACGACGUCGAGGACGUUGAGGAGGAUGGUGGCGCCCCCACUGCCGUCGAGGCUCCGAAGCCCGCCGCCAAGGAGAAGUCACGAGCCAAGAAGUCCAACAUCGAGGCCACCAGUGACGAGGAGUCGGAGUAGGAUUCGGAUUCGAGUGACGAGGACGACGACAACGAGUCUGAGUCUGAUGCGGAAACGGGAAGUGAGCAGUUCGGUUCGAGUUCGAGUUCCGAGUGAGGAAAAGGGGGCAGGCGUUAUUGAGAUCAAAAGUUGCGCGCUUCUUUCGGAUUUGUUUUGUUACUUUGUCCUGAUCAUGGCAAGACAGGGUUUGAGGUAUGAAAAUGGAGUGAGGAUAUGAGAUCAACACGGUGUUCUAAGGAGUUGCAAUAGCCGGCUAGCUGAGCUCGAUGUUCAAAAGAAGUCCGGUUGUUAUCUGACCAUACUUUGGGGAUUCCCCCCCGUCGAGCUCGUCCUCGGGUUUAUGCCUCUAUGCUUCCUUAAUUCCUCUCGUUCACCUUCCCAUCAGCCUUCUCGAUGUCUGUUUGAGUGAUCGCCGUCACGCAAGAUAUCGAGCUGGUUCUGGUAUUUGCUACAGACCUCCCAUAAGGCUGUUACAACCAAGGGGUGCUUCAGAUUGACUCAUGGUAGAUCCAAAGGGGCCGCGAGCGCGGAAGAAGGGCACACACCCGUGAUAGAAUAUCGCACUGUGAGAUGAGCCAAUGUCGUCAAUCUUAAGCCAAGCACCAGAUAUCAUUGUCCCAAAGUACUGUGCUACGAG